CUGAACUUUUAUUUCCCUCCAGAAAAAGCUUUUCUGGAAACGCGAUGGCCAUUGCGCCGCACCAACUGCCGUAAUCCAAACACGGCCGCACCGCACGCUCAUAUACAUGCUCUCCCUAGCAUUAACGAAUCAACCUGAUCAAUAUCUUCCAUAAAAAUAAUCCUUCAAUAAGAAGGAAAAAGAACCCCGCCAUGCGCUGGCAACAACCCCAACCAAGCACCUGGGCCCGCUUCCUAGGCACAGGCGCGCUCGUUUCAUUAGCCAUAAUCACAUUCCUCGUCUUCGAGGGCCGAUUCUCCAACGACGUCACCAAAUAUGCACUAAAGUCGUCGAUGAUACCUCCUCCUAAGGACGGGUCGUUCGGCCGCUGCGCAAAUGGCACCGAGAAGUGGGAGUUUGUCGCGGGGCGGGACGCGAAUAACCAUGGGCUUUCGGAAGAGCAGUGUCUGGCGGCUUUCCCGAAGCUGUUUGUGGAGGCCGAUAAGUCUGUUGAGGGGAGGAAGGCUAAUUUGGUGAAGUAUGAGGAGCUGGAUGAGUUGGUCAUGGAGGAUGGGAUGUUUAGGGCGUUGAUUUAUAAUGGGGAGUUGUAUGUUGUCGACUAUGCGGAUAUGACCUAUACGCAGACUCGAGCCAAGUCGACUCUGAGCUCGCUCAACCGCGCGCUGCAGGCCGUCCCGGAUCGACACAAUAUCCCCAAUGUUGAGUUUGUGUUGUCCUCGGACGACUUCAGCAACGGUAAAGGACCGGUGUGGUCCUACUCCAAGCGCGACGAAGACAGCACUGUGUGGCUGAUGCCGGACUUUGGGUACUGGUCCUGGCCGGAAGUCAAGGUCGGCCCGUACAAGGAGAUCCGACGUCGGAUCGCGGCCGUCGACGACGGGGAGGUCGCGCCAGAUGGCAGCGUAACCCCGGGAAUGUCUUUCCAAGACAAAAGGAAACAGCUCCUCUGGCGCGGAAGCGUGAACACAAACCACGAGAUCCGGGGGAAGCUGCUCAAGGCCGUGCAGGGGCAGAGCUGGGGGAGCGUCAGGGUCAUCGACUGGGACGAGGAGAACGACGUCCGAUUCAACCUGCUACCCAUGGAGGAGCACUGUCGCUACAUGUUUCUAGCACACACUGAAGGACGCAGUUUCUCAGGAAGAGGCAAGUACCUCCUCAACUGCCGGUCCGUGGUAGUCUCGCACAAGCUGGUCUGGCGCGAAGCCCACCACGCGGCUCUGAUUGCGUCCGGACCAGACGCGAACUUCGUCGAGGUCGAGCGGGACUUUUCUGAUCUGCACACCAAACUGGAGUUCCUGAUUGAUAAUCCCGAGGCUGCGGAGCGCAUUGCUAAUAACACCGUGCGGACCUUCCGCGAUCGAUAUCUGACGCCUGCGGCGGAGUCGUGCUACUGGAGGUAUUUGGUGAGACGGUAUGCGUCGGCUUGUGAGUUUGAGCCUGUGCUGUAUCAUGCCGAUAAGGAUGGGAAGAGGCAGAUGCGUGGGACUCCGUUUGAGAGUUGGAUUUUGUCGGGGCAUUAGUUCCCUUCUUUUCUAACAUUUUUCUCAAGAGAAUCCUAGGUUUGAUAACCGUGUAUAUGAAGGGAGUUUGGGGAAACGCUUGAUGUUUAUUUUCUAUAUGUAUAUAUGAACCACUAUGAUGACUAUGACACUAUGAAU